GCACGGCAGCAUGGGCUCGCGCGGCCGGGCCCUCGGCCUCCUCCUCCUCCUGCUGCUGCUGCUGUGUCCGGCGCGGGUGUUUUCACAAUCCUGUGUUUGGUAUGGAGAGUGUGGGAUUGCAACUGGAGACAAGAGGUAUAAUUGCCAAUAUUCUGGGCCACCAAAACCCCUGCCGAAGGAUGGCUAUGACUUAGUGCAGGAACUCUGUCCAGGAUUCUUCUUCGACGACGUCAGCCUCUGUUGUGAUGUCCAGCAGCUUCGAACGCUGAAAAACAACCUGCAGCUUCCUCUGCAGUUUCUGUCCAGAUGUCCAUCCUGUUUUUAUAACCUAAUGAACCUGUUUUGCGAACUAACAUGUAGCCCUCACCAGGGUCAGUUUUUGAACGUGACAGUGACUGAAGAUUAUAUUGACCCUGCAACAAACCAGACAAAAACAAAUGUGAAGGAACUAGAGUACUAUAUUGGACAGAGUUUUGCCGAUGCAAUGUACAAUGCCUGCCGUGAUGUGGAGGCCCCCUCAAGUAAUGACAAGGCCCUGGGGAUCCUGUGUGGGAAGGACGCUGACGCCUGCAAUGCCACCAACUGGAUCGAGUACAUGUUUAACAAGGACAACGGGCAGGCACCAUUUACCAUCACUCCCAUUUUUUCAGAUCUUCCAAUCUUUGGGAUGAUGCCCAUGGAAAAUGCCACCAAAGGCUGCAACGAGUCUGUAGAUGAGGUCACAGGGCCAUGCAGCUGCCAGGACUGCUCCGUCGUCUGUGGGCCCAAGCCCCAGCCUCCACCUCCCCCUGUGCCCUGGACGAUCUUUGGUCUGGACGCCAUGUAUGUCAUCAUGUGGAUCACCUACAUGGCAUUCUUGUUCAUGUUUUUUGGAGCAUUUUUUGCGGUUUGGUGUUACCGGAAACGCUAUUUUGUAUCUGAGUACACUCCCAUCGACAGCAAUAUCGCCUUCUCUGUGAAUGCCAGUGACAAAGGGGAAGCCUCAUGCUGUGACCAGCUUGGUGCAGCAUUCGACAACUAUUUGAGGCGCCUGUUCACAUGGUGGGGUGCUUUCUGUGUCCGCAACCCCGGCUGCGUCAUUUUCUUCUCGCUGGUCUUCAUCACCGUGUGUUCGUCGGGCCUGGUGUAUGUCCAGGUCACCACCAAUCCCGUGGACCUCUGGUCAGCGCCCGGCAGCCAGGCCCGCCUUGAGAAGGAGUACUUUGACAAGCACUUCGGGCCUUUCUUCCGCACGGAGCAGCUCAUCAUCCAGGCCCCCAACAGCAGCGUCCACAUCUACCAGCCAUACCCCUCGGGGGCCGAUGUGCCCUUUGGGCCUCCACUGAACAUAGAGAUUUUGCGCCAGGUCCUCGACUUACAAACAGCCAUUGAAAACAUCGUUGCGUCUUACAACAACGAGACGGUGACUCUUCAAGACAUCUGCGUGGCCCCUCUCUCGCCAUAUAACAAGAACUGCACCAUUAUGAGCGUGUUAAACUACUUCCAGAACAGCUACACCGUUUUGGACCACUCAGUAGGGGACGACUUCUUUGUGUACGCCGAUUUCCACACACACUUUCUGUACUGUGUCCGGGCUCCUGCCUCUCUGAAUGACACAAGUCUGCUCCACGAUCCUUGCCUGGGGACCUUUGGAGGGCCAGUAUUCCCAUGGCUUGUGCUGGGUGGCUACGAUGAUCAAAACUACAAUAAUGCCACUGCCCUUGUGAUUACCUUCCCUGUCAAUAAUUACUAUAACGACACGGACAAGCUCCAGAGGGUCCAGGCCUGGGAAGAAGAGUUUAUCAAUUUUGUGAAAAACUACAAGAACCCAAACCUGACCAUUUCCUUCAGUGCCGAACGCAGUAUUGAAGAUGAACUGAACCGUGAAAGUAGCAGUGAUGUCUUCACGAUCGUCAUUAGCUACGCCAUCAUGUUUCUGUAUAUUUCUCUAGCCUUAGGGCACAUCCAGAGCUGUAACAGACUUCUGGUGGACUCUAAAAUUUCCUUGGGCAUCGCAGGCAUUCUGAUUGUGCUUAGCUCGGUUGCCUGCUCCUUGGGUAUCUUCAGCUAUGCCGGCAAACCGCUGACCCUCAUUGUGAUUGAAGUCAUCCCAUUCUUGGUGCUGGCUGUUGGGGUGGACAACAUCUUCAUUCUGGUGCAAACCUACCAGAGAGAUGAACGUCUUCAAGAGGAAACUCUGGACCAGCAGCUGGGCAGGAUCCUUGGGGAAGUGGCUCCCACAGUGUUCCUCUCAUCCUUUUCUGAGACUGCAGCAUUUUUCUUAGGAGCGCUGUCUGCGAUGCCGGCCGUCCACACUUUCUCUCUGUUCGCGGGCAUGGCGGUCUUCAUUGACUUCCUCCUGCAGAUCACGUGCUUCGUGAGCCUCUUGGGGAUAGACAUCAAGCGGCAAGAGAAAAACCGGCUGGACAUCCUCUGCUGCGUCCGAGGCGCUGACGAUGGCCCGGGGGUCCAGGCCUCCGAGAGCUGCCUGUUCCGUUUCUUCAAAAACUCCUAUGCCCCUCUUCUGCUCAAGGACUGGCUGCGACCAAUUGUGGUAGCCAUAUUCGUGGGUGUUCUGUCGUUCAGUAUUGCAGUCAUAAACAAAGUAGAAAUUGGACUGGACCAGUCUCUUUCAAUGCCAAAUGACUCCUACGUGAUAGAUUAUUUCCAGUCGCUCAGUCAGUAUCUGCACUCGGGUCCACCUGUGUACUUCGUCCUGGAGGAAGGUCACGAUUACACUUCCCUCAAAGGACAGAACAUGGUGUGCGGCGGCAUGGGCUGUGACAAUGACUCCCUGGUGCAGCAGAUAUUCAGUGCAGCUCAGCUGGACAACUACACCCGGAUAGGCUUUGCGCCCUCGUCCUGGAUUGACGAUUACUUUGACUGGGUUAAGCCACAGUCUUCCUGCUGCAGAGUGUACAAUGUCACCCACCAGUUCUGCAAUGCCUCAGUGGUUGACCCUACCUGCGUGCGCUGCAGGCCUCUGACUCCCGAGGGCAAACAGAGGCCUCAGGGUGAAGAUUUCAUGAGAUUCCUGCCCAUGUUCCUUUCUGAUAACCCCAACCCCAAGUGCGGCAAAGGGGGACACGCUGCCUACAGUUCGGCAGUUAACAUCGUUGACAAAGACACUUACAUCGGAGCCACAUACUUCAUGACCUACCACACCGUACUUAAGACCUCCGCUGACUUUAUUGACGCCAUGAAAAAUGCCCGACUGGUGGCCAGUAACAUCACGGAAACCUUGAGCAGUAAGGGCAGUAAUUACCGUGUGUUCCCAUACAGUGUGUUCUACGUCUUCUACGAGCAGUACCUGACCAUCAUUGAUGACACCGUCUUCAACCUCAGUGUGUCCCUGGGAUCCAUAUUCCUGGUGACCGUGGUGGUUCUGGGCUGUGAGGUGUGGUCUGCCAUCAUCAUGUGCGUCACCAUAGCCAUGAUCCUUGUCAACAUGUUUGGCAUCAUGUGGCUGUGGGGCAUCAGUCUGAAUGCUGUCUCCCUGGUCAACUUGGUGAUGAGCUGCGGCAUUUCCGUGGAGUUCUGCAGUCACAUAACAAGAGCAUUCACCGUGAGCGCCAAGGGAAGCCGCGUGAGCCGUGCAGAAGAGGCGCUCGCCCACAUGGGCAGUUCUGUAUUCAGUGGAAUCACACUUACGAAGUUUGGAGGGAUUGUGGUGUUGGCCUUUGCCAAGUCUCAAAUUUUUGAGAUAUUUUACUUCAGGAUGUAUUUAGCCAUGGUCUUACUGGGAGCCACUCACGGACUAAUAUUUCUUCCCGUCUUACUCAGUUAUAUAGGCCCAUCAGUAAAUAAAGCCAAAAGACAAACCACUCAGGAUCGCUACAGAGGCACGGAACGAGAGCGGCUCCUCAAUUUCUAGCCUCUGACAGGUCCGCUGACUUUGGACUGUGUCUACGGGUCUCAGUUGGUACCACUGGGCAGCAGCUGCAUUGUCAAGGCUGAGCUAAACGCUGGAGUUCUGGGGUCUGGCCAAGGCUGUAGCCUGCAAUCGUGCUUUCACCCUCAGGAACGCACCCCCAAGAUGAGGAGCAGUAUUAGGAAAUCUGAAGCGACCACAGGACACCCAAGGGUCCUUGGCUUCUUAGGAAAGAAACCUCUUCUAGGGUAAGGGCAAGGACAGUCGGCUGCCGAGAGCGGGUCUGCCCACCACUUGUUACAGGCCAAUCGUGUGCCAGCUCCUUUUUUUUAGGAGUGAGCUAUCAUAUGUUCUAUACCAUAUUUUUAGAAACAUUUGAGGAUGUUGUAGAUAUACUUUAUUACAUUUUGUAGUUUAAAAGAGCUUUAUUAAUGCAAUAAAUUAACUUUAUACACAUUUUUAUAUUUAAAAAAAACUAGCAAGAGAUUUUAGAACGUUGUAGGCCUCAUAAGAGCUUGGUCUCCAAAAACCUGCUUGAAAAAAGCAACAUGUUCAUCACAGUGUUCUCCUGUAAAGAAAACAGAGUUAGUUAUCUGUAUGGCAUGAAAAGAAGGGAAAACAAGAUUUCAGCUCAUGACUUUACUGGGUUUUAACUUAUUUUUCUUUAAUAAAAUACCUCAUCCUCCUA